ACAUGUAAGGCAUUGCUUCCAAAAGUACAUCCAUUAAUAGAAGAGUUAGCCAGUGCUCUUGCAAGAAGUGGCACCAAUGCCAAGUUCCCAUUGGGCGAGUUUUGGAGGACCAACUUUUACUCUCGUUUACAUUCCUUUUCCAGUGAAGAUUUACAGCUAGCUCUAAUUUUCCUCAAGAUUCUUAUACCCAAAUUGAAGAGAAAGUCUGAGGUAUCAACAAUAUUAGGAGAAAAGGUGAUCACAUUCCUGCUCAGAAAUGCCAAUUCCAAUAAAGUUUUGAAGGCGGCACUCCCAGACUUGAGCAAAGUACUAGAACAGUUGGUUCAGAAUCAUGAGGACAAGGAAGAGGAAGUCCAGUUGGCUGUUGUUGAGGCAUUGAUUCUGCCUCCAGGCACUAUACAGUUUGAUUCAGUGACUAAAACCAACAUGGUGCAGAGGACUAUUAAGCAUUUGACAGCCUCAGAUGUCAAGAAACUUGGCGACUAUAUCACAAAGCGUAUAAUGGGCAAGGAUGAUCAAGAAGGGAUGUAUGCCGAAGUCCUGGCCCUCCUAUUAAUGAAUCCAAAGAUCAAGGAAGACGUCGCCUGGAGGACAGAACAACUGAAAACACUGAUCAAAGCUACGCUGGUAUCACAGAAAAAGAAGACCCAUUAUCUCAGAAAUACCCUGAUUCAAGGACUUUAUCAGGAAUUACAGAGGGCUCCGUCUGCUUUGGCAUUUUUGAAACCAAUUGUUGAUUUCACUCUCAAGGAGAUAGAGGCUUGCACUGAAGACAACGGUUUGGUCAGUCCGCAGAGCAAAGAACUGUGGGAUAAUGUCAAGAAAAAAAUUGCCACAUUGAAUUCUAAACAAGGAAAAUGGCCGAAUAAUAGUAAUCAGGUUCUGAAGGUGCUGUACUAUGCCAUGACUUUCUACAUCAUGCAAGAUUUCAUUGGAGCGGGUAAGCUCAUGGAAAAGCUCGAUGAAUGCCUCAGUGUGGCGCAGGAGCAGGGAUCUAAAAAAGCUACAAAAGAAGAAUUGCCUUGGGUGGUCACGGCAACAGAGUUAAUCCUAAACUAUGCUCCGAGUGACAGCACAUUCAUCAGGACUGCUGCUCAGUCUGCUUUCAA